AGGCGGUGCCCGCUCCGCGCCGCCUCCGCGGGGACAAUAGCGUGGGGCCAUGUCGUCCGCCGGCGGCCGCCAGCCCAGCCAGAGCCGGGCCAUCCCCACACGCACCGUGGCCCUCAGCGACGUGGCACAGCUGCCCCCGGACUACUGCACCACCCCCGGCGGCACCCUCUUCUCCACCACCCCGGGAGGCACCCGGAUCAUCUACGACCGCAAGUUCCUGUUGGACCGCCGCAACUCCCCCAUGGCCCAGACCCCGCCUUGUCACCUCCCCAGUAUUCCCGGCGUCACCAGCCCCGGCUCGGCCGGAGAGGAGCCCAAAGCGGAUGCCAGCAACUUGAACCACCAGGAGGGGAAGCCAUCCAUGGGGGACGAUGCCCAGUUCGAGAUGGAUAUCUGAGUGGGAACCACGGAGAGGCAGCAACUCCCCAGACCUGCGCACACCCAUUCGGCUUAGCAGGAUCCAUCCCGGCGAGGCAGAGGCAGCAGCGGUCCCUGCUGGCAUCCCUCUCCCUGCCUGCCUCCCUCACUCUUUCCAGGGGGCACAGCUCUGGCUUCUCCCCUUUUUUGGGUGACCAGUCCCAGCAUGCACUGGACAGAACAUCCCUUCUGGAUCCAGCCCUAUUCCUCCUCCUCUGCCCACUGACAGCCUGAUCUCCACUGGGCUUCUUAAAACAUCCUUUUGCCUCUCCUGCUGCCUUAUGCUUCCCCCCCCACCCAAAAAGAAAAAUCUCGUGUUACCCCAAACCUCCCAUUGCCGGCAGCUUGGCAGUCCAGAGCUGCGUCAUCCCUUUUGCCUCUUCUCCCAGAAAAUUUGGGAGGAGGCGAAAAGAAUUGCUUCUAAAACUGAGCACCUGCCUGCACGCCAGGGAGAGGGUUUUUCAGUUCCCCUGGGACCUGCUGGCAUUUGGUGGACACCAUUGGCAGCCUGUUCCCUUUGGUGCUCCAGGGGUCCAAGUUAGGCCUCAACAGUGCUGGACAGCAUGCCCACAUCUCUUUCCUACCCAGAUUUCUUCCAGCAUGUCCUUUUGACUGGGGGCUAUAUCCCCAACCCGCCAGCCAGGACUUGAAGUGACUUGGCCAUAUGUUACAAAAGAAGACCCCGUGCUUUUUUUUUUGGUACUAAAAAGGGGAACUUCACCAGCGAUGCUUCUUUUAUUUUGGGCUGGGGACGAGCGCCUCUGGGAAAGUGCUUUUCUUUUUUUACACCUCACCCCCCUUUAAAAUGUGAAUAACAGAGGAGCAAAAUCCCUUGGCGCUGUUGAAUGUCUCAGGAAUACCAGGGCACCCGGGGGGGGUGACAUUGCAGGGAUGCAAUGCUGUGGCUGGGGUGCUCCAGUUGCAGGGUGCCAGUGGUAUUGCUGUCCUCCACUUGAUUUUUGUGCCAGGUCUUAACCUGGCCGCGUUGUGCUGCAGUGCAUAAGGGGUUUCCAUGUUAAUCUGCCCGGAGCCAGUCGCUUUGCCAGGCUGGCAUAUUGUGGCCAUCCUGCCUGUGUCUGGCAUCUUGAAACCCCCCGGAGAUGGGAUGUAUUUUUUCUCCUCUCUUGGUGCAACUCUUGCCUUUAAGAGUGGCAUCCAGUGAGGGCAUGCGUAACAGGGGAUGCCACGGCAGUGCUGUGCUGUGCCCCUGUUCCAACUAGCCCCCCCUUUUUGUAUUUUUACUGCCUAUUGGGAGCCAGAACAGCUUUGAAACCUUCUCAAGUGCCAUUUUAUCAGCCCCCACCUGAGUGCCUGCUCCAUCCAUGCUGUCCCACUGGGGUUGUCCCCCCCCGGUACCCAGGCCCAGGGACCUGUCACCUGUCAGGGUGGUGGCUGUGCGUGACAGGGAUGGGUACGCCCCACACUGACAUCCAUGCUGCAGGCUUUGUGCACUUUCCGUCUGGUAAUUUAUUUCUCUAGGUGUGUUUGGCAUGGGUCGGCAUGGUGGCUGGUUGUGAGCUCCCAUCUUCCAGCUGCUUUUCUCAGUAGGGGGGUGCUGCUGCUCAUUUUUGAGGGGAAAAGGCAAAAAACCACAAGGGAAUGGGGUGUCUCCCAUCCUUUCCCUUGCAUGGGUAGUGCUCAGUGGGACGGGAUGUGAAUAUGUAGCUGGCCAUCGUAGGCGCACGAGUGAGUGAGUGGAAGUAGAAAUAUGUAUAUGUGUGUGGGUGGGUGGUGAUAAGACACACACAAAUAUAUAUAUUAUAUAUAAAUAAAUAUAUUUUCCUUAAAGUGAAGAUCCUAGGAGGUCUGUUAGGUCCUCGGAUCGAGGAACGGGCAGGGGCAGGGGCUGAGGACAUCCUUUGCAGAGCGGGCAUGGUCACCAUGGAUGCAGGGACCUAGUGCCCUUGGCACAGCCGCUCAUUUUGGGAAGCCUGCUCUCCAAGCAAAAAAAUCAGAAAAUAUCCAAGGACAACUUAACUUACGGACAGGAGCCGGAGGGAAAUCACUUUUCCCCUGAAAAACCCCUUUCCCAACCUCUUUUUGUCUCUAUUCCCCAUCCCAGCGACUUUCUCCCGGUUCUCUUUUAUAACUGGGCUUGGUGCUGAAGAGCAGGGAGGGAGUGCCUGGCCUCGCUGGGGCAGCUCCUCUGCUAGUCAGGGUAUACAUUUGGGGUUUUUACUGUCUUCAAGCAGGUGUUUGGGAGGAGAAAAGCUCUCACCAGUGGUUGCUGUUACAGUGAAAUCAAUAAAGAUUUUGGUCUAUUAAA